AUGCGUUUGGCUAUGACGAGUUUGGACGAGGAAGCGCGCGCUGCGCGAGGUGCAGGCGGAGUCGUGGGGGGCGGUUGGGGUUUUUUGCAGCAAGCGAUUCGGCAGACCAGGGCGGGCGCACCAGGCUCGUUAAAAACGCAGUGGGAUGAUGUGCGGAGAAGGACGGGCAGCUGCAGCAGCGGAUGCCGAGAGGGGAUUGGGCGGGGUGGAGAGAGAUGGGUUGAGAAAGAGGAGCUUUGUGUGUGCGCCCGUGGGCAGGGCAGCGGGCAGCGGCAGGGCAGUGGGCCAGCAAGGCGGCGGCCAGGAACAGACAAGCCGCAGACGGAAUUUUUCUCAGCUAACUUUGCAAACGACACGCCUAUGCCACAGACAGCAUGCCUUGACCUUGACUCCGUGCCUCCUUGUCGGUCGGGCCCAAGUCCGCGUCAAGACAUGGUAACUCGGGCUGCGAAAGCCCUCUUCCCUGCCCCACCGAGCAACGGCGUCGACAAUGACGCAGCCCAAGGUUGUCCCAUCCACCAUCCACCAUUUGCUGCACCGCCAGCUGCACCGCUGCCAAUCACGCCCGCCUGCAUGCCAGUGUGCAGCCAGCGCUGCCGUUACAUCCGGCCAAAGAGGGGGAUCCCAUGCCGGAAACUGAGGCAAGCAGAGGAGAAGGCAGCAUUGGCAAGGCUGGCAGCGUGCUUGCUUGCAUCGUCAUCACCCAUCACCACCAACAUCAUCAUUGUCGGGUGUGUAUGCAGCUGCAGACGUCGGUGUAGGGCAGCAGCGUCCACGGGCCCGACAAAGGACAAUGGCCAUGAAAUUACCAUGACUCCCCCGAGUAGAGUAGUGGGUGAGGAGGACGAGUGCCAUGGAAGCCGCUUGUUGGCCGGGCUGGGGCGCCCCAUGUGUGGCUGUGGGCGCGCCUCGAUAGGCUCACACGUGGCGCGCGGGCAGGGUGAAACCAAGUGCGAAGCCGGCACAACGUUGCUACUACCUACUGCUGCCUCGCCGAGUCGCGUGACGGUCGCCCGGCUAGUCAUCUUUCCACGGCUUCGAGAAGGCAAAGGAUUUUUUUUUACCCCUGGCGUCCGAGCGCCAAUCAUGCCACAACGCCCCCCGCACAUCAAUUGUGGACUGUCUGCUGUUGCCGUCGUGGCCCUCUCGCCCUUAUCCGGACCUGCCUGCCACUCAGCCAGUCCAUGUGACCGGCUGGCGGUGUGCUGUCCUCUGUCCUCUCCGUCCUCUGGGUCCAAUCGUUUCUUGCUCGCCCCAACUGCACGCUGCUCUGAAUCAUCACCGCACCCCGCGCCCUCACAUGACCACCGCCUGCCCUUGGGCUUCACCGUGUCUGUCCAUCUGUCUGUCCGCCUGUCCGCCUGUAACUCUGGCACCGCCACCGGCAUUGGCUUUGGCUCUGGCAUUUCCAUCCUUUGCCCCGGUCCGAGUCCACUUGGGCCAAAAGACAAGGAUGCCCGGUCACCACGUCCUCUCAACUCAUAG